CCUAUCGGAUCCAACUUUCGUCGCUUUUUCGUGCGUCCCGAAAUUUUGUAGAUUGUUGGAAAGGGGUGGAAAUGGGCGUAAACAGACGGAAAUUGGCAUGUCUAGCUAGCAGAAGACGCGCUACUGCAACUCCAUUGCAAUGCAGGGCAGGCUGCCAGUGCAAGCUUCAGCUUCAUGGCGAAAGGACUGACUGCAUAAGAACAGCCUCAUUGGAUUUUGUCAGCAUUGUCUACUUCGCUUCUUUGCGAAAUUCUCCAUCAUUCCACGCAGCUCAUUUCCAGUGCUAUAAAAACCUUCCUUCUGCUUUCAGAUGAGCACUCUCCUUCUUCCACGUUUGGCUCGCAGCCAGCUCGCAAACCUUUGCUCCUCCACGUCUUCAAGGAAAGCUAGCCCAACUCUAGAAAGCAUUCCACGUCGCUUAGCUGCUGCGUCCCACCAAAGCCCCCUGCUCCAAUCCAGAUUGACACAGCUUUCAGAAAGCAAAGGGCCUUUGACAGCAAAGCCGGUUAGGAAGCUGAGUAGUCCCAGCCAAGCUCUGGUGACACGGGCACUGAGGACACAAGUGGAGACUAGCCCAUCAAAAAACAUGUCGCUGCGUCUCAUCCCCAAUAAGGGACUGUACGUGUCUACCCCAACCUGGUGGCUUGAAAGCAGGUUCCACUUCAGUUUUGCUGAGCACUAUGAUCCCAAGCGGACCGACUUCGGAGUGCUGCGGGUGCUCAAUGAUGACCUGGUGCAGCCUCACUCUGGUUUUGGGACGCAUCCCCACCGCGACAUGGAGAUAUUCACCUACGUCGUGAACGGGGAGCUGUGGCACAAGGACAGCAUGGGCAUGGCGGAGUCCCUGCCACGCGGCUCCGCCCAGUACCUCAGCGCAGGGACUGGCAUUACACACUCCGAGAUGAAUAAUGGUGACAAACUGCUGCGCUUCCUCCAGAUCUGGAUCAAGCCGGACGCGCGCGGCUACAAGCCCAACUACGGGUCGCGGCAGUUCCCGUCCAAGGAGGUGCGCCACAACCAGCUGCAGCAGCUGCUGACCAGCUACAAGCGGGCCGCAUCGGAGGAGGACACGGGGAGCGGGGUCAUCCCCAUCCACCAGGACGCCAACAUCUACGUAUCUGAGGCGGACCCGGGAGUGAAGCAGGAGUUCACGCUGGAGAAGGGCCGCCAGGCGUACCUUGUGUGCAUUGAGGGGGCGCUCAGCGUGAACGGGACGGACAUGGAGGAGCGGGACGCUUUGGAGGCCGUCGCCCCCAAGACCGAUGCUCUUCCCUUGAACCUGGAGGCAGAUGCGCAGAAAGGCGCGCACUUCCUGAUGAUCGAGAUGGCCCAGCCGUAGGCCAUGGAGAACACAGCUUGCUGUAUACAAUAGAGUUAUGACAGCCGCAAAUGAGCUAGGCGGCUCUUGCGGGGUGCCAACAAUAGGUCAAAGAAAAGUUGGCUUGGUGGUUGUGGAAACGUUUAUAGGGGCUGGCUGAGUUGAGCUGUCGGGUUUAAGAUCUAGUUCAACAGCCAUAUUGCUUAGCUUAAAGUUAGACGUAAGUUGCAAGAAUAAAUACUUGGGCAUCCGCAUUCAAUUGCAUGCUGCACCUACGCACAGCAUUAGAGAGGUCGUAUAUUCUGAACUGGGACAUGUUGUGCAGACGGCCUAGAAUGUAACAUAAUCUGACGCCAGCAAUUGGUUGAGAACAUUUUGCAUUUUUAGGAAGUCUUGAGUCCCAACUGUUGCUACAUUCCAUCGAAGGGUCGGCUACUUGUUUGGGAUCGAACACAACGAACGAAUAAAAGUUUAAACUAGACACCCACCGGGCGACCUGAUUUUAUGCUGAUUGUAUACACAUGUUUCUUCGCUUG